UAACGGUUGUUAAAAUCAAAUCCAAUCACCACUAUCUCGCUCCUAAUCACAUUAUCCAACGGUCAAAACCCAAACAACAAUUUUAAAUUUCUUCAUCCAACGUCUAAUGAGGCAAAACCCUACAAGAAAACUAGCCGUUACACAAGAGAGCGUGUAGAGCUCAACGUUUUUUUUUCCUUUUUCUCUCUCGCUAUCAAUCUCUCAUUCAUUAUUUCUUCGGAUUCCCAAAAAAAAAAAAAAAAAAAAAAACACAUACAAAUCUUUUAUCGCUCUCGCUAAAAAUCCACAAAACCCAAAAAAAAAAACCCACUUUGACUCCGGCGAGUUCACCCCCAUUUUUCCGAUCAAACUCCGAUGGACUUGAUUGGCAAGAACGCCGGAGCAGCAACAGCGACUCCUAAGAAAGAUCCACACGGAUCUCGAUCCAAGAACCAAGAAGCUCCGAGAUACCCAGAGAAUUUGAACCCGAAUGUCUCUCCCGGCCCUAAUAAACCCUCGAAUUCUCCCUCUAUCAAAUCCGCGAAGACCCAGAAAUCGGCCUCUAAGAAACACCCGAAUCCGGUUGCUUUUUCACCGAGGAACAAGAUUCGGGAAAGGAAGUUCGUCGUUGCCAAAAGGAACUCGAAGAAAGAGAGUGCGGUUCCUAAAGUUGCCUGCAAGUGCAAAGAGAAGUUUGUUGGUGGUGGUGGUGGUAAUUCCAAGAAGUGUCUGUGUGUGGCUUAUAAGAAUCUGAGGGCGUCACAGGAAGAGUUCUUCGCGAAUCGCAGUUGCGGUGGAGAAGAUAUCUGCGAAUCGCAUAUUUCAAAGGGUGGUUGUGAUCGAGCUGAGAAUGAACUCGAAGAAGAAAUAGAGAAGGGUUUGAUGAUUCAAGACCUUCAAAUUGAAGAUGGGUAUGAAGGGAGGAAAACAGGGGAAGAAGAAGAUGCUGAGUGCUCCGCGACGAACGAGUCCGAAAAUGGUGAAGUGGCAGAGUCCGAUCCAUCAAAUCAGAUCGGAUCUUCGACCGUUAAAAGAAGGAGAGAGAAGCUGCUGGAAGAGGCAAGGAAUAGCGUGCCUGAACAUGGGAAAGUGAUGUUUUUGGUCAAGGCCUUCGAGAAGAUCCUUUCCAUACCGAAUACGAAUGAGUCAGAAGAUCAGAAGGAUGAGAAGGAAAAGGAAAUGGAACAGAAAAAGAAGCCAAUGAAGUGGGCAUUACCUGGGAUGCAAACUUCUGAUGUUCAUGAAGCACAGGUUUCAUCUUCUUCCUUCUGUCCAUCUGAGUUGUUCUUGACUUCUGAGACUCUUGGUUUGGAUCCACGAGCUUCGGUUUCAUCUUCUUGGGAUAGCAGUUUGGGAAGUAUCUCAAGCCGAACUUCUAAUGGUGGCCGAAGGAGCAGAAGAAAUAGCUCCGAAUCAUCUGCCACUUUUGGUGGAAGCAGAUGGAAGAAGAAGAAGCAGCUCAAGGCCACUUCCCAGAAACCAUUCAAGCUAAGAACUGAGCAAAGGGGAAGACAAAAAGAGGAAGAAUUCAUGAAGAAAUUGCAUGAUAUGAUGACAGAGGAGGAGAGGCUGCGGAUUCCAGCUGCACAGGGCCUUCCAUGGACUACAGAUGAACCAGAGUGCCUAAUAAAACCUCCUGUAAAAGAGAGCACGAGGCCUGUUGACCUGAAGCUUCACAGCGAUGUGCGGGCAGUAGAGCGUGCCGAGUUUGACAGUCAGGUGGCAGAGAAAAUGUGGCUAAUUGAGCAGUACAAGAUAGAAAGAGAAAGGCAGCAGAAGUUUGCACAAGAGGAAGAAAUAAGAAGGUUAAGAAAGGAGCUGGUUCCAAAAGCACAGCCCAUGCCUUAUUUUGACAGGCCUUUCAUUCCUAGAAGGUCAAUGAAAAAUCCAACUAUUCCUAAAGAACCAAAGUUCCAUAUACCUCAACAGAAGAAGAUCAAAUGUAGCCUGUCGUGGAAUGACAUGAGCUCCUACACAUACAACACUGAAGUUUGAAGACAGGGGAAAAAAAAAAAAAAGAAAAAAAAAAAGACCUUUGAAAAAAUAUUAGCAUUCCUUUGUUAUCCCCCCCUUCACUGAAUAAGCAAUUAUUUCUCAAAAAAUUCUUCCCCCCAAUUUGUAAUCCGACUUUUCCAAUUUGUAUAUGAAGCAACCAAUUUAGUUGCAAUUUUGAUGCAGUCAACUUGAUUCUUUAA